AUGGCAGACCAAAACGACGUAUCUUCUUUAGGUGUCUCCUUGCACUCGGCAGAAGGACUGAGGCAGAGCCUGGACUCUCUAAAGGGCAGUACCUCGAGCUUCCUGAGUAGUGCUGGUUCCUCCUUCACGUGGUCCACCUCAGAGAACUCCACAUGGCCUCGGUCCUGGCGAUCACCCAAGAGCGUCUUCAGCCGAAGUUCGAGCCUUUCUCGUCAUGGGACUUGUAUCCUGCACGCUGGUACAGAAGGUGCUGGGGUUUGUCCUUUUGAUGGAGUCAAAUAUCGGAAAGUGGCUUUCUCCCAAUCUCCUUCCCGAACCGGCGGGGCGGCGUUGUAUGGUUCGCACGAGAUAUACAGUACAGCCAUUGAUCAAACACCAUGGACCCUCCAUGGUACCCAGAAAGAAAGUGAAACAUCUCUACUCGACGCUCCAAGCAGCGGAAUGAAUAACCAGCUCGAUGUCUUUGCGCAAGACUGCAACUCAACAGCAGAUAUCUUGGAAUCAGAUCCGCAUGGCCUAAACGCAAGUUUUAUCUCCUCCGAGAACAACGACAGCGAUGACGUGGCCAUGAGGAUGUCUUCAGCUUUCCAGGAUACGGCAUUAAGUGGUGAUAUCUGGCACUUUAGAGCUUCAGCCUCAACACACCGAGGAGAUGCGAGCCUGACUAGCAGUGUAUCAUCGUGCAGAUUUGACCAAAGCCUGCACCACCAUAAGCAGCGUCCUUUGUUAAGUUCACAAAGGAAGUUCUCCAGAAAAGAUUCGAAAUUUCGUUCUACUCGCGCUACUCCUUUGUCACGCCGAACGGCAGAUUCGAGUUUUCUCCUCGGGGAUUACGCAAGUGGCGUUCAAGGAGGGAUCAACGACACAAAUAGCAGCUACAACAGCAGCUACCUGGCCACAAGCUCUGAGCAGGAGCUGAGGACUCUGAAUGCCGCCAUUGUUAACAUCCGGAAGUGGUUGCGACGACGUCACGAGACCCUGAAAGGCUUCCUCGAUGUCACCAGUUCGGACAGUAAUAAACGUUCCUAUACCAACGAAGAAGUCAAGAAACUGAUUGCAGAGGCAAAGAAACAACAAGAAGCUGUUGACACCUUGUUGGAUAGAGGUGAAAGAUUUCUAGCUCACAGAGCCAACAUUGUUUUGGAAGUGGACUUUGAGAAUCUUGUGUUUUUGUGGAAUUCCUAUGCGGAGGAGUUAAGAAAGCUGUACGAGGCUUCCUUUCCCAAUCGUCGCGUCAAACGUUCACUGAUAUCAGCGAACGCAUGCACAGAAGCUGAAGAGUCAUCUGGGCCUGAGGAACCAAAAAGGCGUUUGAAAAGAAUUCCGUCAGCAACAGAGGAAGCAAACGGAGAUUCAAGACAGAGAGGCUCAGUUUCGAUUGGGAAUAGCCACUUGAGUUCUGAAGAGUCCCCUCAAAGUCAAAAAGAUUAUUUCGAAAUUGAUCAGGGGACAAAUUCCUUUGUGAAACAAAGCUCAGAUUCCUUUGGCUCGGAUUCACACGUUUCGGAUAUAAGUGAAAAGAAUUCUCGUGGGCUUUGUCUUGCGGAUCUCGAGACACCCGACCAGCAUCUUACUGUUGAUGACCUCACCUGUGACAAGGGGGAUUCCGUUCUAGUGCACUCAGCAGAGCCUUUGGAUAACGAGAUAAUCUCUUUAGAAGUGGUGAAUGAUCCCCUUUCUGAAACGGAUUAUAAUGUCUCGCCUCUCGCAUCAUGUGAUGGGACUUUCCCAGAACCCCCGGAAGGGGCGAUGCUAACAUCUCAUCAGGCGUCAAAUCCAGGAUACGACAUGGCUUCUCAGCACCCAUCCUCCAUGGAAGCUGUAGAGUGUGAGGAAGGAGUACGUCAUCAGCAUGGUGGAAACAACGGAGCGACUAUGACAGCGAAGACCAACAACCUGACCCCUCUGGUGGUCAUGCCAGCAAUGGGAGGAGGUGAUAGCGACGAUAACCUUUCACCUUGCUCCAUGCUGACCAAGGAUUUGGUCGCUGCCACCUCUGAGGGAAGUUUGAGAUCUGAUACCGAUGGCUUGGCCCCUUUCGACUCACCAAGCUUGAAGGUUUUCGAUUCACCAGGUCUGGAGUUGCCUUCAGAAGCUAAGCGUCGCCGAAUGCUUCUGGAUACUUCGUCCAACACCAGCACCUUGAGCAGCAGGUCUGAGUCACCCCUCAAUAGCCUCGACAGUAGUCGCUCGGCCACUCCGACCGGCACCCUCACUCGUGCCGACAGAAAAGGAGAAUUGUGGAAAGCUAUCAAUUCGAUUGAUAAUUUUCUCAUGGAUAAAGACAUUAUCGAGGCUUGCAAGUCUACUGAAAAGGAUUUGAGUAAUGACGACGAUGAUUUGGCUGGCACUCCCAAUGUGUCAUUCACGGAAUUCUUACAACAGUACAGAGAACUCACGGAUUGGUUAAAUCAAGUCCACAAAGUGACACAGAGAGAAGUGACUAGUCUAUCGGAGAAGUACUUAAAUCAG